AUGAGAGGUGCCUUUGGUCAAAUUAUUCGUAACAUCGUAGGUGACAGACGUGAUGGUGUAGAGAGAAUUCCACCAACAACAUCAAACAGACGACGCAACGAAGCAAAUCGUCCAAUUAGGCAGCGUCGUCGAAGACAACAGGAGGUCCAGGACGAUGAUGUUGACUCCACCGAGCAUGCACAUAUGGAGGAGGAUGUCCCUCAGCCGCCACAGAUGGAGCAGACCGCUGAUGAUAUUCCUGAUACUUCUGCACAUCCUGAUGCUGAUGAGUCAGAUGAUGCUGAUGAGUCGGAUGGUGCUGCUGACAUUGAUGAUCAGGAUCAGCAGACCGGAUUUCCCGGAGGACCGACGGUGACAUCUCUGUUGACACAGUACGAGCAUCACGUGGCUCAGAGGUUAUGGGAAGGAGAGGAUCGUGGAUCACUAAAGGUAAUUACUCACGGAUUGAAAUUGAAGAAGUUUGCGGAAGUUCCUAUGCCAGCUCCUGUAGAGCAUUGGAUUCAGGAAUCUGGGCUGAUGCAUCUAUCUUCAGGCUACCUCACAAUGGCUGAUGCUGGUUUGAUAUCCGCAUUUGUUGAAAGAUGGCACAGAGAGACCAGCUCAUUUCAUCUGUCAUUUAGAGAGAUGACUAUCACCUUAGACGAUGUCGCGACUCUCCUUCACAUCUCACCGCAUGGUAAAUUUUUUUAUGCACCUUUGAAUAUGAAUACUAAUAAUGCUGCAAGAGCUGCACAUGAGUACUUAGGUGCAACAUGGGAGGAAGCAUGUGCUGAGAUUAGUUAUAACAAAUGUGUCCAAUAUAGAUUGCAAUGGUUGCGUGAUUUGUAUAGCCGUCUCAUUCAAACUAACCAGUUUGAGUGUGCGGCUAGAACGUAUCUGUUGCAUUUAGUUGGCUGCACUAUUUUCGCCGAUAAAACACAUACGCGUGUUGAGGUGAAAUACAUUACUCUUUUUAUUGAUUUACAUCGUUGUCGAGACUACUCGUGGGCUUCCGCGGCAUUGGUUUUCCUUUAUGACAACUUGGGAGAUGGAGCUGUCCACGACACUCGACAUAUGGGAGGUUACAUAAGCCUACUACAGUGUUGGAUUUACGAGCACUUCCCUAGGAUUUGUAAGCGGGGUGAUAGAGGAGCGAUUCCUGCGCAUCUUCCAAGAGCAUGUAGGUGA